CUCAGGCGGAAGCUCGACCAUCUCCAACCUCCUCAACUUCUGCCGAGUCCCGCAUUCUUGACUCGUCCUGCCCUACGCACGUCCAUUGUCUGCACCGCUAUCUCGUCUUGUUCGCCUUCGACAUAGAACGCCCGGUUUCUGCGCCUAAUAGAAUCUGACGCGACCUGAAAGUCCUGAUACAGCCCUCGACACCCCCGAGCUCGGCGACGCGUUCACUGCCAUAUCUGAUGAGCACAACAGACGACCGAUAGCAGACAUCUCGGUCGCCGUCACCUCCAUCAAAUCUAUAUACCAUUUAGCAGAUUAUACCGUCUUUUCAAGUUUCGACAAAGCACUAACAGCCGCCCACCAUGACUGUGUUUAUUGCCUCGCUCUUUCUUCCCAAGACCGUUCAUUUCAACCUGCCUGGUGCCCGGCCAAGAGGGGCUUCAGCCUCCCAGAAGCCGGCCAGCAAGGCCAAAAAGCUCGCCCCCAACACUCCUCCUAGCCUCUUCCAGCCUGCGCCUAGUCACAUCACUCCUCCGCACACACCGACGGAAGACCGCAAGCAUCAUGACCCUUGGGCAAACGAGGAUGGGUUGAAGGUGCAAAUUCCCCAAAUGCCCUUCUCUCCCGAUGGUAGCUACCGUGCUCCAAUCGAUCGAAGCUCUCCGACAUGGGGCGGCCGGCCGGACCAGCCGAUGUCCCGUGCGAACUCUCCCCCGCCUCCUUCCCUGAUCAACAGCAGCCGUGCUCUGAACCAGAAGGCGAGAGAAAUGGGUCGCCAAGGCAUCACGCAGCCACGGAGCCUCGUGAGAAGUGAAAGCCAUGAUCGAGUGUUCGCACACGCCGACUGGAAGAUCGUUAGCGCCGAUCAGGGUAACGGUGGCUUGCGCAACGCCGCCGAGGCAGCUGCCAGGGACGGCAAGCUUGGAGAGUACACAUGGAUUGGCACCUUGGGCAUGCCCACGGACGCCCUCCGGGGUACCCAGCAGCUCCAGGACAUCGAUGACAGACUUGCCACUGAGCACGACAUGCUGGCUGUUUUCUGUUCGGACAAAGACUUCGACGGUCAUUAUUCCCACUUCUGCAAGCAGAUCUUGUGGCCCGUUUUCCACUACCAGAUUCCGGACAACCCAAAGAGCAAGGCCUACGAGGAUCACUCAUGGAAGUACUACGUAAACGUCAACCAGGCGUUUGCCGACAAGAUUGUUAAGAACUGGAAAAAAGGAGACACGGUCUGGAUCCACGAUUACCACCUCCUCUUGGUCCCUGGAAUGAUUAGGAAGAAGAUUCCCGAAGCCAAGAUUGGGUUCUUUCUGCACGUUGCCUUCCCUUCUUCGGAGGUCUUUAGAUGUCUAGCUGUUCGCAAGGAGUUGCUUGAAGGCAUGCUCGGCGCCAACCUCAUUGGAUUCCAGAUCCGUGAGUACGCCAGACAUUUCCUCCAGACUUGCAGCCGCAUUCUGAGCGUUGAGGCCACCCCGGAUGGUCUUCAGCUCGAGGACCGUUUUGUCGACGUCAUCAACCUCCCGAUCGGUAUUGACCCUGUUAGCCUCAGCCGUCACCGUGGUGAGAGUGAAGUCAAGCGCUGGCUGGACAUCAUGCGUGAGCGCUAUGCAGGCAAGAAGCUCAUCGUAGCCCGUGACAAGCUUGACCACGUCCGCGGCGUGCGCCAGAAGCUCCUCUCUUACGAGAUGUUCUUGAACAUGAACCCUGAGUGGAGGGACAAAGUCGUUCUGAUUCAGGUUGCCCUUUCAACAAGCGAAAAGAGCGAGUUGGACGCUACCGUUUCUGACAUUGUGACCCGCGUCAACUCUUCGUGGGCCAACUUGGCAUAUCAACCUGUGGUCUACCUCAAGCAGGACAUCGACUACGCCCAGUACCUUGCGUUAUUGAGCAUUGCUGAUGCUCUCAUGAUCACCAGUCAACGUGAAGGCAUGAACCUCACAUCCCAUGAAUACCUUUUCUGCCAGGAUGGCAAGUUCAGCGAGAAGAAGCACGGCUCAUUGAUCCUUUCUGAGUUCACGGGUACUUCCUCGUUGUUCAACGGAAAUGAGUUGUCGGUGAACCCUUGGGACUACAGGGCUUGUGCAGAUGCCAUCAAGAAGGCUCUCGAGAUGGAAGGCGAGGAGAAGGAGCGCCGCUGGAAGAACCUAUACGAGGCCGUCAACGUUCACACCGGCUCGCAUUGGUUCUCAGAGUUUAUGCUCCGCCUAGAUAAGGUCUACGAGGAGCAACAUAGCCGCGAUCAGACCGCAGUACCUCGCCUCUCCAUGACGACGUUGUUGCAACAAUACGAGCGCACUAAUCGCCGCCUUUUCAUCAUUGACUUUGAGGGAACCCUUGUCAGCUGGGGCCCCGUUAAUCAAAUCAUUCCGGUUAGCCCUCAACGCACCCUGGAUGUUCUCAACGAUCUUCUGCUCGAUGAGCGCAACACUAUCUAUGUUAUGUCUGGUAGACGUCCAGAGGAGCUGGACCGUAUCUUCCGCCGCGUUACCAACCUCGGCUUGAUCGCCGAAAGCGGAUGCUAUCUCAAGGACUGCGGAAGCAACACCUGGACCGAAAUGGCCGAUGCCAACAAGAUCCGCUCUUGGAAGAGUUCACUCCGGGACAUCAUGACCUACUACUUGGAGCGUACGCCGGGAGCGGCGAUUGAGGAGCGUCGCUGCUCCUUGGUGUUCCACUACAAGUCUGCGGAUGAUUACGAGACGGCCGCUACACAAGCUUCCGACUUGGCCAGCCACAUCAAUGACGCAUGCGAGGACCAACGCGUUCACGCUAUUCCAAUGGACGGUUGCGUGCUUGUUGAGCCCAUAGAUUGGACCAAGAGCACCGCGGCCCAGACGAUCUUUGAUGAUUUGCAGCAACGGAUGGGGCCAGAUGAGAAGCACAAAUCCCCGGUUGACUUCCUCAUGGUGGUUGGCGACGGUCGUGACGACGAGAAGGUCUUCAAGUGGGCCAACCAGUUGGGCACUGAUGGAACAGUACAGGAGGUGGUGACUGUUAGCCUUGGCAAUAGAAACACUGAGGCUAAGGCGACGGUAACCCAGGGCGUUAGUGGCGUUCUCGCAGCUCUCCAGAAGCUAUCCCAAGUCGUGGUUCCUGCUGAGCAUCAGCGUCGUCGAAGUUCUAUAACUAUUCCGUCUCUCGUCAAUAUGUGAGCAAUCCGGGCGUUGCUUGUUUGCUUUGCUGCAGCAUCCCCCCUUUUGCGUGGCGUUUUGCGUUGGUGGAAUUUUUGGCAUUUUGUAUCGCAAGCCCUCUCCAGUAUUGGAGGGUGCCUGCUUUCAAUGCCUCCUCUCCUUUUAUGAUUUGUUUUCUUUUCACUUCAUUUUCAUCAAUAUUUUCUUGCAGCACCACACACAUGUUCACCGAUAUGCCCAGCGAUCUGCGAUCAUCAAGCACUGCAUGGCAAAAUCUGAAAGCUAAGGGAACUCGUUUAGCGACAGAAAGGACACGGUCUUGACGAACACUACAUUGGGCGGCGGUGUGUACAUGUAUGGUGGUGAUUCUCUUUCUUCUUUUACGGCAACAAUGACACGUGGUAUGGAAAGCAUGGGAUUAUGGGAAACGGAAAAUGGGGCGCAUCAUGAUCAUUCUUACACUGCACCACAAGGUAGUAUAUAUAUAUAGAAUAAGGUAGCCAGGCGCGGGCAUGGUUCAUCGGUUUCUUAUAAGGCCUUUCUUCGUCUGUUUGUGUUUUCUUGUCGA